UUUUAAGUACUUUAUCAUAUAAGUUGUUCAGUUGACAUAGUUGAUAAGCGUUAUCAUGUUGACACUGUGAUGUUAUCUAAUAUUUCUAACCUCUGCAACCUAUGACAAAAUCUCGAAAUUUUAAAUCCAACAAUGUCUUAUGACCUACAAAAAGAGGAAGAUGUUAAACAAUACAUUGAAAACUUAGGUAUUGAAUAUAGAUUCGGCUGUUAUCAUGAAAAGAAACCGGAAGUUUGUCAUCUUCUGGCUGAUUACUUAGAAGCAAUAAAAAAAGAUUACAAAAAAGCGGCUACUGUUUAUAAGACCAACUGUUUGGACUAUAAGUAUGGUAAAUCUUGUACUAAAUAUGGUAAUUACGCACUUAUCGGACGCGCGAAAGACAAUCCUGAUUCUAAAGAAGCAUUGGAUUUUUUUGAAAAAGGUUGUGAACUAAAUGAUUCCACAUCAUGCCUACAUGCUGGUGUACUUCUUACUGCAACUGGACCAGGAGUUACUGUACAAAGAGAUGUUCCCAAAGGUUACAAUUAUUUGAAGAAAAGCUGCGAUGCGAGAGAUGAUAUGGCAUGUCAUUACCUAUCAGGGAUGUAUUUAACUGGAGUACCGAAAAACGUGGCCGAUUUCAAUCCCCAUAAUCCGGAAAAGAAUAAAAACAUUGAUUAUUUGAUAAAACCAGAUCAAAAACGAGCAUUUGAUUACGCAAUGAAAGGAUGUGAAUAUGGUAAUGUAUUUGCUUGUGCUAAUAUUGGUAUCAUCGGUGGAUCGGGUUUUGACGAUCCCUAUUUGUUCGAAAAUCCUAUAGAAUUAGAUUUGAGUACGCCGUUCGGGAAACCUUCGGAUGUACUACGGAGUGGACAGAUAGCUGGAGUACCGUGUGUGCUGCUGUCGAGACACGGCAGGAAACAUCAAUAUCAGCCUAGUGAUGUGAACUACCGCGCCAAUAUCUGGGCGCUGAAGCAGGCGGGCUGCACGCAUGUGCUCGCUACCACGGCCACCGGCUCGCUUGUAGAGGAAUACAAGCCCGGGGACCUUGUUAUACUGGACGACUUCAUUGACCGCACAUGGGGUAGGAAGUGUACGUUCUACGACCGCACUGAGGGCGGCCCUAAGGGCGUGUGUCACUUGCCCAUGGUGCCCGCGUUCUGUCCGCGAUCUCGCCGCGCGCUGGCUGAAGCGGCCCGACUGAGGGGGUACAAACAUCACGAGACAGGCACCGCUGUCGUUAUACAAGGACCGAGGUUUUCGAGUCGUGCAGAAAGUCUCAUGCACCAGCAAUGGGGUGGACAUCUCGUUAACAUGACCACUGUUCCUGAGGUGGUUCUAGCGAAGGAGGCUGGGCUGAGCUACGCGGCCGUCGCUCUCGUCACUGAUUACGACUGCUGGAGGAAACAUGAGGAAUCUGUGUCGGUGAGCGAAGUCCUGGAGUUGUUCGCUAAGAACGUUAAGUUGGUGGUUAACGUGAUCCUGGACGCUGUGAAGAUUCUCGGCGCUGAUACUGACCUUGAAUAUUUGGAGGCACAUGAGAAUCUGGUAUCAUCAGCUGUCAUGUUAAAAAGUUGAAUUGUAAUCUUUUAAUUCAACUUUCGUUAUAUAAACAGGAUAUGCUGUCUCUGUCUAUCUCAAAGAGAGUGAAGGGGAUAGCAAUAUUACGUUACUACAGAAACUCACCGUUACAUGUAUAAGUGAAAAUGUUAUAGCACGUAUAUAAAUCAAUAAAACAAUAUAUUCAA